AUGAUGGAGGCCUAUAACGCCUCAAAUAAUACCGAUAACACUACGGUGCCACCUGUUACCAUACCUACAGCAGAAUCCACAAUUCCUCAGAAACAAAUUAAGCACAAGCGGCUAUAUAAAGCCUGUUUGAAUUGUAGAACUAGAAAAGUCAAAUGCGAUUUAGGACCGGUAGAUAAUCCACAUGAUCCACCUUGUGGAAGGUGCAAACGGGAACGCAAAGAAUGUAUUUUUGUAGAAAGACAUAAACGAGGACCUAAACCAUCCAAAUAUAAGAAUAGUAGAAUGGAUACAGCUGAUAAUUACGAUAAUAAUAACAAUGCAUGUAUUGAUACGCAAGGUAGUGGUGAUACAAUAAGCACAAAAAGGAAAAAAAGGAAAAUAAAACAUAGGAACAACAAUGAAGUCUUUACUAAUGAUACAGCCAACACAGGUAGUUGGAGAUCUAUUGUCAUAGAACCUACUAUUGAAAGAUUCAAUAGUAUCAGUGGUUAUCAUCAACAUAAAUCAACAAUACUGACAAAUGGAGAUGGAGAACAAAUUGGAAAAGAUGCUGGUAACGCGGAGGAUAGCAGUGGAACUAGACAUUACGAUAAAAAAAGAACUGAGGAUGAUAAUUUUAAUGAACAUGAUGAGAACAAUAAUGACUCAGAUAAUGAAGAUAAAUCACAUCAAAUUCUGAAUACUGAAGUUUCUACCACACACGGUGCUUUAGAAUUUUUAGCCAAAGCCGCUGGUUCUGUGGCAAAAGAGGAUUUUAGGGAUUAUGUUGACGCAGAGAACAAAUAUGAAGAAUAUGAAUCAAGGGAAGGGAUGGAUAGUUCGCUAAAAAAAAAGGACUCGAAAUUGAAAACCUCUGAGAGGAAAAUGGAACCACACGCUGAAAAAUUUACUAAUAAAGAUAGAAAGAAAUUGCCAAGCGAUAAUUCUGUAGUUUCACACAAUUUGCAACCAACAAUUACGAGUAAAACUGUUGGAUCUCUUUAUGCUAUUACACAGAUUAAUGGUAUAAAUCCUGUGACUAAUCAAUCCAAUAAUCAGGAAGAACAAUACUGUUACUAUGAAGAUGCCAGUACAAAGAACAGCAGUGACCAAAACAAUGCUGAUAAACAAUGUGGAGUUGAUGCUAGCGACAAUAAUUGUAAUAGAACUUCAAUACCUCCGGUGGAUAAAUUGCGCUUUGUUAGACCUAAACCCUCAUUGCAAUUAAAAGAUAUUGAAUAUAUAGACGUAAUAUUAACUGAAUAUGAAGCUAGAUGCCUGAUUAGGUUAUUUUUCUUGACGUUACAUCCUUAUUUUCCUCACGUACCGAUUCAUUUACAAGAUGAGGAUGAGUUAGCCAAAUAUCCCUUAUUGUUAUGUUCCAUUUUAACUAUAUCAUCAAGAUAUCACCCAUUUACGGAGAUACAUGAGCCGAUGUUCCUGACUGCAGGAAAAGGAAGAGAAGGAGGAGUAGAAGAAGAAGAGGAGGAGGAGGAGGAGGCAUAUGAGCUGUUAUUAAAAAAAAAUAUUGAGAUUCAUGAAAGGUUAUGGAUAUAUUGCCAACGGUUGAUCUCGCAGACGGUUUGGGCGGAAGCAAGUACCAGAUCGAUUGGUACAGUUUUGGCUUUUUUAUUAUUUACCGAGUGGAACCCAAGGGCUAUACAUUGGAGAUGGUCGGAUUAUGCCAAUGUGGAAGAACCAGGAACGCAGUUACCGCAUGGUGGUAACAAAAACGAAAACGAGAACGAAAAGAAAAACAAAAACAAAAACAAAAACAAAAACAGUGAAACUGGUGGUAUUGGAUUAACUGGCCUGAGUACGAUGAGGCGAAGUGAUAGAAUGUCGUGGAUGUUAUCCGGUUCAGCAGUUAGAUUGGCACAAGAUAUGGGAUUUAUCAACUCAUCUACCAAAAUAUUUCUUGCUACUCACAUUUCUGAGAUUAAUAUUGCCAUGAAUAUGAAUCAAAGAAGUAUUUUAUCACAAUCAUUAAAUGAGAUAAGUUUUAAUGGGGAUAGCUUUGAUGGGAAUGCCCCUUAUGGAGAUGGGCUGGGAGCAGAUACACGCAGCGGUAUAAAUUCUAUGUUUACUAAAGAGACAUGGGAUAGAUGGGAUAAAAUAUUGGAGGAAAUGAAGGGGAAUGGGAAGUUGAAGAAAAAUGUAAUUAAUGAUUUGAAGUGUGAGUUUUUAAAUGAUGAAAAAGUUUUAUAUUAUUCAAACACAGAGGAUGCUUCUACCGCUACUAAUAUUGAUGCAAGUUAUUCUAAACACCACACAAACAAUAGUUUUGGGAAUAAUACUGGUAAUUUAAAAUUUUCAUUUACACAGAGAGCGAAGAUUGAAUUAUUGAGAAUCAUGAACAUAGGCUACGAGUCUAUCUACAGUGGUGAUGUAAGAUUAUAUAGUAGUGAUACAAAGCACAACUUAGCGAUAUUGGGGAUAUUAUCUCCGUUAAUUGAAAGUUGGUAUAAUAGAUACAAAAGUUUGCUAAAGCCAUGCAACGUAGUUUCUACUUUUAAAGCCUGUGAUUUAUCUAAAUUUUGUGACAAAAAGUAUAUUUUCAAGAUUAACAAGAAAUUAGAUGGUGAAUCUUUGAUUAGCGAUUACUAUUAUUGUCAGUUAUAUAUAUAUUCAUUGGCUUUGCAGAUUUCUAAUUCUGCGCCUUCUGUUACAAACACUGUUUUAAGGUUGAGUGAAAUUACUAAGCAUGCAAGAUAUGUUGAGCUAGCUUACAAUGCUGCCAAAGAGAUAUUAAAUAGUGCGAUUAGGAUACACAAGCUAAAUUUAUUGAAAUACAUGCCAGUUAGAUGGGUCACCAGGAUAGUAAGAUCGGUUGCAUUUGUGGUAAAAUGCUGUUUAACAUUAGCUAGUGAUGAUGGUAAUAAUAAUCUGGGUAAGGAUAAAAAUAAUAGUCAUGAUAUUUUGACAUUAAGUGUAAUACCAAUUGAAGAAACUAUUCAAAUUAUACAAAAUACAUCUAUUAUAUUGAGAGAAGCAUCACCUGAUGAAUUACAUUUAUGUACCAGAUACAGCACGAUAUUAAUGUAUUUAUGUACUGAAAUGAAGUUAAAGAAUAAGUAUGAAAACACGAAGGAAAAGAUAAAGCUACCAAAAGUUGUGAAAAUAUCUGAGAUGUAUAAAAACAAUAACCUUGACACUGUAAACAGCAGUGAAGAAGAAGAAGAAGAAGAAGAAAUAUUUAAGCCGGAUACAAACGUAGUUGAAUGUACUAAUAGUUAUAACGAUAUACCAAGUAAUAUAUACAACAAGAGUAACGAUAAUAAUAAUAAUAAUAAUAAUAAUAAUGAUAAUAUAAUAAGGGGAAACUUCGGCAAACAAAAAAAUAAUAUUUUUAAUAACGUAGAGGAUAAACAGUGUGAUGAAAACAUGGAAAACUUUGAGAGACGGACAUCAGUGUGUUGUAAAGUGGUACCCGAAUUCAGAUUUAAUGUUGAUAAGAUGGUAGAAAAUAGUAGCAGUAAUACUAUUAGUAAUGGUGAUAAUAAUAUGAACGGUAAUAACACAGAUGUAUUGAAUUGGUUUAAUGAUAAUGUAGAUGAUAUAGGCUUAAACUUUGUCGAACCUUGGACUGAAAUGAUUGAGCAACAUUUUUUUCAAAAAGAUUUACCGCCGUCCUAA